GUGUCCGGUCCCAGCUUGACGACUGCCUCCCUGCCUGCCAGCUCGCUACCGGUCGGCCGCGAUGUGUUACUCACCCCCGUUCUAGAAAAGAAAGAAGAAACGCACUUGGGAGUAAACUUAUAGGAAUGGCGGAGGGCACCGUGACUCUAAAAGGCUUGCGGAGCCAAAUAGCUGCAGCUGCGCAGGCCCAAGCCGAGGAGCGGCGCAGCCAGGCCGUGAGUCCAGCACUGUCUGCAAACACAGCAGCCAAACCUCACGGCCCUCGGCCAGUCCUCGACGGCGCCACACUUCGAGUGGACGAUCGACUGCGGGUAGCAAAGGAGAGACGAGAGGAGGCUGACAGGCAACAAGCUUUGCGUGACUCUCAGAUCAUGGAGCGUGAGCGCAAGGCCAAAAUGCAAGUGGAGCGUCAGCAGGAGGAACGUCACAAGAAGGCCACGGAGCAGCGACGGAAAGAGGAGCAGAAGCGUCAGGCUGUGGAGGAGAAGAGGAAGCAGAAACAGGAAGAGGAGAAGGAGCAUUACGCGGCAGUGAUGAGACGAACGUUAGAGCGAAGCCAGAGGGCCGACCAGAGACAGAAGAGGUGGUCCUGGGGAGGAUUGUCAACAGACUCGGAUGGACGAGCAGGAGACUCGGACGCCGGCGCCUCAUCUCCAGUAGCUAUAGCAAUCUCCCCUGCUUCGCCAGAAAAGCCACCCAGGAACACUCAAGACAAGCGCUCCACAUCCAUCACCAACCUCAAACAGCCGUCAGAGGCUAGCAUCACCAAACGCCUAUCCUCGUCCUCUGCCACCCUCGUCAAAACUCCUGACAAAAGUAUAAAAUCCAGGAGUGUGUCUUGUAACCGUUUGCUUCGGAAAGACAGUGCUGCUAAGGAGGAAGGCAAAAAGCUGCAGGCGGAGUCGACAGGUGCUUCCAUGAAGACGAGGAGUUCAUCCCUCACACGAGUAAGUGUGGGCAGAGCGCAGACUCCUGCCAAGGCUGCUAAGGGGACGUCAGACAAUCAAGCUCGCAAGCAACCGACUUGCGCCGUGGAUGGAGGGGUCAUUAGUCGCCUGCUCACUCCCACCCAGGCCUCACUAGCUAGGAGCAAGAGUGCUGCCGCCCUUUCCCCUGAAGGAACCAAUGCUCCAGCCUCCGCCAACCCCAUACACCCGCCCCGCGGGCCACUGCGCAGUCGCAGCAUCGACCGACAGAAGAACGGCAUGACCACCUCCGUGUCGGCAGACGGAGCCCUCGACCCCUCACUGACCAAGCAGGAAAAAACGUCUACCUCAUCCGGGCGACAGCGCCCGCCCUCCCCGUCCAUCCCCAUGGGACGCACCCGCUCACCAUCCCCCGCCCCAAAACCAUCUCCAAAGAGGACUCCUUCUCCAGCAGCUUCAAAGCAAAAUUCAAAGGCGCGCCCACCCUCCCCAGCAGCGAAGCAAAGCACCCCAUCCCCUCAGCCGACAUCUGCUAAACCCCCUCCGAUCCAGAAACCAGCUCUGACCCCCCCAGGGCCCCCUACCCUGCGAAAGAGGGACUCCCGCUCAAAGGACAUGUUGCUACCCUUACAGCCUGGCUUGGCACACUCGUCCGACUCGAGCAAAUCCAAAGAGAAAGACGAUUCUAAGGCUGGAACCAAUUCUGCUGCUGAGGCAGCCAAACUCUUGGCAGAGCACCGCAGACAGAUGCGUGAGCAGAAAGAGAAAGAUGAGCAGCUCAGAAUACAGCGGGAGGAGGAGGAGAAGCUCAGGAAAGAAGAGGAGGAGCGCCUGGCAGAGGAGGCCCGGCUGAAGCGCCAAGAGGAGGAAAAGAAGCUGGCGGAGGAAAGAAAAGUGAAGGAAGAGGAGGAGGCCCUAAGAGCAGAGGAAGAGAGGGAGCGACUGGAGGCAGAGGAGGCUCUGAAGCAGGCGGAACUGCAGAAGGAGCGGGAGGAGGCCGAGGCCAAGGCCCUAGAGGAGGCCGAGAGGGUCCGCCAGGAGCGCGACCGCAUCAUGCAGCAGAACCAACAAGAGCGGAUGGAAAGGAAGAAGAGAAUUGAAGAAAUAAUGAAGAGGACUAGGAAAGGGGAUGGAAAUGACUUUAAGAGGGAUGACGACAAGGAUCAGGAUGACAAUGAAGAUGGAAUGGACCCCUUUGAUGCAAAGAGUGAAAGCCAAAUGGGCGACCUUGCCAUGGAGAUGCACGGCUGUGGCGAUGGAGUGCCACAAAGAGAAGAACCCGUGGGUUGCCUGAACGGAAGAGGGGAAGCGGACGACAAGGAGAACAACAACGCCCCGGACGAGACUCAGGCAGUCAGUCUAGUUCAAAAGAGCCGGCUGGCGGAAGGCUCGGAGUUCCUGAACGAGCAGGACUCGGCCAAAGUGGAGCUGGUGCCGGGCCUGGGCGGGAAGUCCAACCAGUGGAGCUUCGAGGAGCUCAUGGACCGUAACGCCAAGACUCACGCCCUCAUCGGGGCUGAAGAUUGUAGCCCGGUCCUGAUUAACUGCGAUGGGACGGACGGGACCAAAGGAAGCCCCGUGAACUCGCUGCAUUCCUCCAGUCAAGCCAUAGAGGCUCUUUCAGAGAUUUGAUGCUGCACCCACCUCAAAGCCCCCCACUGUUACAUUCAACUUCCUGAGCUCAGCGGAAAAGUUUCUAAACAGCUUCCUCUCCCAAUUUAUUCCAGUGGGAGGAGGCCAAGGUGAAAUGUAAAGACCUUGCUCGCCCCAAGUGCUUAAGCGUCUCAUCGACAAGAUGACCAAAGCUUCAGGGAAAUUCCACGUUCCUCCUCCUCCUCCUCGUGUCAGGUCUACUUCUUUGUCUUCUUCCUUGUGGUGUCGCAGAUGUUUUUAAAGCAUUUCUUUGUGUGUCUUUGUCAGGGGUUUGCUGUUGUAAUUUAUGAAUUAAUUUUGGCUUCCUUAUUAUUUGUUGUUUGGAGACAUACGCCUCUUGUACGGGAGCGUUUUCGGUGUGCAAUGACGUUAAAGACGUCCUGUCUCUCUGGGAUUUUGGCCCAUGGCUCUUCUAAAUUUACUUGACCGACUGCUGCUUUUUUGGCAGCGUCUGAUAAUUAUGGCCUUACCCGUGUUUUAUUGUUGUUUUUUUUCACAACUAUAUUUUGGGUGUGGAGUUACAAAAGCGGGAUUGCUUCUGCCCUGGUUGCUCAUGCGCACAUGCGCUGUCAUGUGUGAAGUGUGGAAAGCUGUUUGAACAUUUAUUUAAUACCCUAAUCAGCCAACUUAAGGUUCAUUUACUGUUGUGCUCCCCUCAUACGUACUUGUAAACAUUUCUUCCCACUUAUCCUGACAAUUUUGAUCUACCGAUACCCAAUUAAACAUUAUUAAUUAACUGUGCUGCUCUCGUAACACUUACCAAGCCCAACUAGUAUGUCAUGCGCCGGUAGCCUCUUUGUGGAGUAUGUUUAGGUUUAUGUACUAGUAUGUGCCUUGUCCUCAAUUGUAAAGACAUUUUAGUGCACAAGUAGAAAGACGAGCUAGCGCUCACUCGUCCUCCAAGUGAGGACAAAAUGUGUCCUUAAAGCCAUUUGAGGGGCUACUAUUGCAUUAUCAGAGAGCCAUGAUCCAUUUACUAGUGUUCUCGUUGGCCCUCAUGGUAGAAAUAAUGUUCAAGCAGCUUUCCAUACAUAAAGAAAGGGCUGUCAUGGCUUGAGACGCCCUGCCUUGCAGUCUGUUAUUGGCCACAGGGGGGCACAGCAGGCAUGCGUAAGUUUCUGUAACAACUCGUAACUGUUGCUGUUGAGGACGCAGUUGGCUUGAUUGAAAAUUGUGUACAUUUUUAUCUGGAGCUUCUGUUUACUAACAAGAUGCUUCUAGUUUACGGCAGUCUGUUCAUUUCACCCAAAAAAAGUAACAAAUAUUCAGGAAGCUUUCCAUCUUUUAACUGUCACAUUGCUCUGUUCAGUUGUCUUGUCGUCUGCACACGCUAGCUGCUAAACAUUUUUGUGAAAUAUCGCAUUUCAGCUGUUUUUUAUUUAAUGACACCUGGCUGUUUAUAUAUGAAUAUACAGUUCUGCAUAUACAUAUUUAAGUGUUUGUAUAUGAAGUCAGUGUUAGGCUAAUGAAGCCACGAUGUUGGCCGAGCAGCGACUCUGAAAGCGGCCUACAACUUUGAGCCUUCAGCCGAUUCUGCGGUUAAAAUCUUGAAUUUGUCGACGGGGUUGUGUUUGGUGUUCACACCCUCUCACCAACCCAAUGUAAGGACCUGAGUGGGCUUUAAGAAUCCAAGACUUUCGCCAUCAAGCCGUCCUCCAUGUUUUUGUCGUCGCUACAUUUGUCAGGGCACGUCGUGUGACCUUUUUCAUGUUCGGCUGCAUGACACUUCCAGGACGGGCUCUGUUGGCGCCUCUGCUCGUCAGCGCUUCCUGCUGGAGGGAGGCUGACACCGUUUUCCCCUUGAUCAGAUAAUACAUAUACAUGCGUACAUAGUGAGCUGUUUAUUUCCAUAUCCCUGACAAUGAUAUUCUCUUUGACCUUAUAACAACACUGGCAUACUAUUGGGACAAAGUACAUGUUCCUACUGAGGAAAAACUAGUAGACAUCUGUGUGCUACAACCACCUUUUAAUUCAUAUGCUUGAUAAGGCGGCUACUACAGUGCCUUGUAGUGGUGCUUGCAGUAAAUAGUUUAAGGUUUAAUCAUGUACUACUAGGCCAAAAGUAGCAUUAGCAGUAAAAAAAAUAAAGAAAAAAUAGAUUUGAAUUGCUGAGUUGUCUCAAUACGUCAGUGAGGUCAAAGCAUUGUAGUGUCCCUAGUACCUCGUGUCUUACUAGUAUUUUCUUUUCCCCCCAUAAUGGUACAACAUUUUCACACACCAGUAGCACAACUUUGCCAGACUAGUACUAAUAGUGAAUGUUAAGAAGGUAGCACGGGUAGCACACACUUGUCAACUAGUGUACGGUUUAGCUUCACUUGUUACUUGGAGUUGACUUACUAGUAAGGACUAAGAGCGCACCAAUACAUUGAUUCAGGAUGUGGAAUAAAUACUCAAAUGGCUUUCCGUUUAGUUUCUAGAUAGCACUGUGCCUUAGAGGUUUAGAAUUUUUAAUGUUGCUGUUAACUACGUUUUUUUUUUUAAGUUUGUCUUUACCUUGGCCUCUGACAAUCAAGUCCUUUGUGAAUAAAAAAGCCCACCCAGCAAUUAUUAUGAGCCUGCCCCUAAGUAACAUUUGUACUGUAAAUAUAUUUGUGUUCUGAGAUGUUAUAUAAACUGUUAAUAAAGUCUCGCAAAACUAGA